AUGGUGACGAUCGACACACAACUCAACGAGCGUAUCUUGCAACAAAUCAAAUGGCAGCAUGGCAUACUACCUUCAGGUCGUAUCUCCAAGCACAAAUGCUUUGUGCUAAAGGCGAUGCCAGUGAUCAAGCUGCUCGUCGACAAAGGAAAACGGCCUGCUACACUAUUAGUCACGCAAAGCGAAUGGACAGCAAAUCUUGUUGAAUCAGCCGCUUUAUGUAAUCUCUAUGAUGAUUCAACACUGCAAGCACUCGCUGAAUGCGCCAUGAUUUUCCAUCGCCCUGAAAAACCCAAAGAAGAAACAUUUCACCUGUUGUAUUACGACACACACGCCUAUUUCCGAGUGAGCGAUGUUUUGCAACCUACAGCCAAGUUUCAGCAAGCACUCGAUCCUGUGCUUGAGCAUUGGCCAAAAGAUCCCGCUCGUGCAUGGCAAGGCUUAUGCAGAGUGUGGUAUGAGUUUGGAUUUCUUUGGCCACGAAAAAUCAUGCUUGGUUUACGACACCAUUUUAAAAACACGUACAGCGUAAACAAUCCUAAUCCUAAUCGACUCAACGAACUACGACAAGCACAAGCGUAUGAUGAAGCGAGCGCACAAUUGGAGGACAUUUGUGCUAGACGCGUUGGACAAGAAUACCAAUCGCAGCAAGAUAACCCUACUCAUUCACAACUCAAGGAGAUUGCUCUUACAUGGACGAUUAUCCAACGUAGUGAUUUGCGUCCCAUACAUGAAUUUCUUCAACCCGAUCAACGCGACAUUGUAUUGGAGAUGAUCAACAGCUUUGUGCAUAGGAUACCUAGUCAUCAUCCUAUCAAAUUACGCAGCCUAUCAACGGGUGGUUAUCUUUCAUGGCGGGCACAGCCACAUCAUGCAACAGCAGCCAACACCAAAAUGACGACGUCUUCUUCUCCAUCAUCAUCAUUAUCAUCGUCAGCAGCAGGUGCCACUGUUCUUUUUGCCACAUGUCCACUUGCAGCGAUGGCGGCAACACAAAGUCAAUAUUUAUGGCGAUUGGAUUGGGCUUUGCCUUUUGAUGAAAAACGAGUCGAUAUGGAAGCUCAUUAUGCAGGGGGAUACAUUCGAUGUGGGAGCCGAGUUUAUUUGUAUCCUGCUAGUACGACAUGUCACACAAACGACAAGCAGCACAGAUCAUCUACGACGACGAAAUUGCUCACACGCAGCAGCCCUGUAACCUCUACUACUGCUACAUCGCAUGUGACACAAGAUCAACAACAUCCAGCAGCGGCUGAGCGUUUACGCAGCCUUGAAUUGUUGGCAAUAGGUCAAGGUAGACAAUGCCGUGAGCAUCAAUGGACGAUAGAAAUGGAAAAUUUGGGAUUGGAAUACGAGGAUGAUUUAGCAGCUGAUACCAGUCGUAACGUGGAUGUUGCCAUUGGAAGACGUCGUCCAGUGCUACAUGGCGACAUUAUUGCAUUGCGUCAAGUCCAUUAUCUUUGUUCCUUAGCUUCACCCACAACAUCAUCAUCUUCAUCAGCAAGUCCACUACUAGCUUCGUUGAAACCCACAAUACCAGCGGCACUCACCACAGCCGCUAUUGCAUCACCAUCCAUGACAAAUAGUAGCACGAGUCUCAGCAGCGGGAGUCAUUAUCAUCCACAACAACGCUCCAGUAUUCUCUCAUCACCCACCAUGGGUGGUAGUAGUACAGCCAAUACUAGUAUCAACAAUGAUGCUGGUAUCUUGCGAUCGGUGCUUGCCAAGGAAAUUGGAUUUAUACAAGGCAGCUUUGAACAUUUCUGGAUGAUUGAAGUGGCUUCUCCUCAAGAUUUGCAAUACCAUCAAUGCGUCAUUGAUCCAAAAAAAGAGUCAACAUCAAGCAGCACGCCGCAACAACAACAGCCGACCAAACCAUCUUUAUUAACGACGGAGGCAUUGAAUCGAGAAGCACCCUUAACAGAUCUAGGACGUCAAUUGAAAGCAUAUAGCGACAGCUUUGAGAAAUUGGUUGAGCCCAACACCACCACCACAACAACAACGACAAUAGGGAUGCCAUCUUCCUCAUCAGGUGAAAUAAUGAUCCAUCCGGCUCCACGACCCAUAGACAAUGACGACGACAAUGACGAAGAACAAGACAAUGACGAAGAUGAUUGGGAUUAUCACAUUUGGUAA